AUGCCUUCGUUUGCUUCCCGCGUAGCCGAGGCAAUCUCCCCAAAGCCUGAUCAAUUAGAGACCACCAAGGGGCCGAGUCGUCUACAUGUCAGCCAGAAGACAAAAGAGCGUGCGAAAGGCGCCAUGAAAACGGUUAUCGAGCUACUGGUACUGGCGUCGGCCAUGACCCAGAAUGUUCCAUAUCUGGGCGCGAUCUCUGCGGUCUUGAACGCUUUUUCCAAGAUGGUCGAUGAAGUCGACGUUCUCAAGGACGAGUGGUCGGCCGCAAUGCAGGAAGCUCAGAUGAUGAGCUCCAUGAUUAUAGACUUCCGUGGAAGAUGUCUUCGCCACGCAGUGCCAGAACAGGCCUUCGAUGAAGAUAUUCGGCGGGGCUUCACAUACCUCGAGAAAGCCGUCUUGGAGAGUAUCGAAGUCUUAAGUCGAUGCGAGGUUAGGAACUGGACAUCGACUCGGAUUCUCGGACAUCUACGGUUGUAUUCAGCACGUUCAGUACGUUCAAAUCUGAGGCAAUCGGUGAGAGAUUGUUGUGCCAAGAUGAUGAUCGCACGGAAUCGAUUCGAUUUCACCCUUCAGAUCAGCCAACUAACCCUACUAGAGGAUAUACAUAGAGAGAUACACGACGUAAAUGGGUGUCUGGUACUUCGUGCACCGCCGGCUGUCCGGGCAGAGCCUCCCGCCCUGUGGAAUCUCGCCCUUUCAGAGUCAAUGCGUGCUCGAACAAGUGCCUUGCCCUUGCCACGUGCAGCCCCACCCAUAUUCUACGGUCGUCAGGAAGAGAUGUCGCAUAUUAUUUCGUGUCUCUUGAAUGAUCAGCGGGCUCGUAUCCCGAUCCUGGGACCUGUUGGGAUUGGGAAGACGUCAAUUGCUCGCCAAGUCCUUCAUCAUCCGGAUACAGCGACCAGAUACGGCGACCGUCGCUUUUUCGUAACCUGCCGGUCUACCGCUAACGAUGGCGGCAUUCUGAGCCAGCUCGAUCAGAUGAUAGGCGUACUUGACGGUGACGGGGAAGGUCGGAGGCCAGAUCCCCUUCAGAGACUGAGACAUACUGGUGGAUUGAUUUGUGUAGACGAUUAUCAGAGAGGUGAUUCGGAGGAAGGUGGCACUGAGGAUGAUAACAUUGAUGCUCUCCUCAUCGAGAUCGACUCUAUGUCAUCUGUUGCGCUCAUUCUUACGAGCCGCAUGACGAAUCUACCCCCUAUCCGAUGGUCGCUCCCUCGUCUAGAGGUGAUCUCCCCCCUGCGCAUAGAGGAUUCGGUUCAAAUUUGGAAGGCCAUCUGCGGUGGACAUGAUCGAUAUUCCCUCCAGUUGAUUCGCGCUGUUGAUCGUGUGCCCGCGGCUCUCGUCAUCUUAGCUCGACUGGCCAGGUCGCAAACAUCUCGUGAUAUAUGGUCUCUUUGGAAGUCUUACGACAUAUCUCCCCUGGUCCGCAAGGUUGAAUCUCAAUUGGAAACUACGUCGUCACCGAUCGAAUGCUCUUACACAAUGGACAAAGCCAUACGUGCGUCUCUCGAUUGUCUUCGGGAUGUGGAUGCGUGUCUACUUCUUAGACUUCUGUCUCUGUUCCCAAAGGGCAUCGAAAGGGAUCACAUAUACAAGUGGGCAGCGGCUUUGGAGCGUUAUCUGAAUGUUCGACAAGCCCUGACUCUCCUGAGGGAACAUUCUUUGAUCCAGUACGAGAAGCAUCCAGGCCGGUCGCCGCCUCACUCAUCGCGCAUCCUGCUGCGAGUUCUCGCACCUAUUCGGCAAUAUAUGUCCCGUUAUCAUAGUGAGGUUCCAGAUGAUAUUCUCUCACAAUUAAUUGCAAUGUACUGCGAUCCUGGGGACCGCCAUUUCAUCGGCUAUUCUGAUAGCGGGAUACACUGUCUGGACAUGGCGCUUCGUAAACUCAAGCUUCGUGAACAGUGUUUGCGGCUCAUUGCACAUGGCGACGACAUUACCGCCUUCUGUUCUCACGCCGUACUCGUGCGAGCAAAUAAUCUGGCUUACAUAAUUCAAUCGCAUACUGAGCGCAAGCUCUGCCUCCGUGUUGCUCAUAUAUAUGAGCGGAGGGGCGAUUACGAGGAAGCAUACAGUGCGAUCUUAUCGGCAAUUCAAUUUGACGAACGCACACGGGACGUCGAAGCCGGUCACGAGGACUGGGCGGAACUCGCGAGACUGAAAGCUGCCCACGCAUGGUCCUCGAACGAUCUACAGAAACUCGAUCUUGAGGCACGUCUGAGGAGUUUAUCCGAAGCUCAGUACGCUCUGGACAGGUCCCAUGAGUUGGCCUCUGCGACAGACCAAGAUCGGAAGAACGCGCAUCAGAAUAGGAUUCAGGCGACUGUGAUAGAUCAACGCAAACAGGCAGUGCUACGCCUUACCACGAGCCGCAAGAGUCACAUUCUCAGCUCGAGAGUCGUGGGGGCGCUGUCAUAUCAGUUGGGAAUGGUGGGUAGUGCCAGCAGCUAUCUGGUCCGUGCGGCUGUGUCCGCUUUCGCGUAG